AUGAAGUUCUACAAGCCCGCCGCGGCUUUGCUGUCGCUAGCCUCUGGCACUGCCGCCACGAACACAACAUGCAGGCCUAAGAUUAACUCGGAAAAGCUCCAGGCGGACCUCACGACCGAAAAAGCUUUCGGUCUCCCUGGCUACGCUGCGUCAGUCGACUAUGUCUGGGAUCGUGUCUCCAAGAUCCCAGCUACCAAGGCUUGGAAACAAGAUUUCCCCGCCACAUUUGGUCAAGUCGUCUCGAUUGACCUCAGCAUUGGCGGAGAGUCGAUCUACGUCUUCGGCUUGACCUACUCUCCUUCUACCAGCGAAGAAGGUAUCACUGCUGAAAUUGUCCUCGGUCCAGAGGGAGCUGCCGGCUGCGAUGCUGUCAACUACGAGGGCUUGGACGUUCAGGAUAAGAUCGUGCUCGUCCAACGCUUCAGAUGCCCGACUGGAGGUACCCUUGCCGGCAGGGUUCGACCUGCUGCCGAUGCUGGCGCUGCCGCUGUCAUUGUCUACCAUGACAUUACGACCAAUGCCACGGCUGGCUCGUUAAGCGCACCUGACCCUGAGGGCUUUGUUCCCGCCGGUUUCAUCAAUCUUUCUGAUGGUCUAAAGAUCAAGGAGCGUCUCGAUGCGGGCGAAACCGUGGAGGCUCACUUCCAGCAGACCCAAAUCGUUGAGGAACGCAUCACCCAGAACGUCUUUGUUGAAACUGAAGAGGGCGAUCCCCACAAUGUCAUUAUGCUUGGUGCCCAUUUGGACAGUGUCCAAGCUGGACCUGGUAUCAACGACGACGGAUCUGGCACCAGCUUACUUCUUGAGCUCUUCCUCGCCCUAACAAAGUACCGAACCAAGAACAAGGUGCGCUUUGCCUGGUGGGGUGCCGAGGAGAACGGCUUGCUUGGCUCCAAGUACUAUUGCUCCAACCUGCCCGCAUCCGAUGUCGAUGAUCUACUUGUCUACCUCAAUUUCGAUAUGGUUGCCAAGGGUUUCUUUGGGGUUGCCGACACUGAUGGAAGCACUCACGGAAGUGCCGGGCCCGCAGGAUCGGACGUUGUUGAGCAUAUCUACGAGGCCUACUUCGAAAGCCAGGGUCUCGAAGUUACUCCAGCUGUCCUUACUAAUGGUAGCGAUUACGCAUCAUUUUGGCAAAUACUCCACAAGCCUUUCGGGUUUCUGCAUACUGGUACUGCGGUUGCCCAAGAUCCCUGUUACCACCAGGCUUGCGACACCAUUGAAAACCCCAACCCUAACACGAUCACUGUUAACGCUAGAGCUGCUGCUCAUAUCCUGACUGUUCUAUCACUGAACGGAACAGAGCUCAUCCCGAAAACUUCCGUUAACGCCACUAUGCUUACCCAGCUGCAGUCGAGAAGCCUGGAACCUGAAAUCAUACAAAUUGAAGCGCUCGAGGCUCUUGGUGAGAGACAUCUUGGAUGCGGUCACGAUAUUUAA